CGGGCGCCUGGCGGGGCGCGGACGGGGCCAGGGCGCCCGGGCGCGUCCCCUCCGUCCCCCCCGCCCGGCCCGGCGCUCGGCGCCGCCCGGUUGCUAGGCAGCCGCGUCCGGGCGCGGGAGGCGGGGCGGCUGGCGGGGAGCGGGGUCGGGGUCCCGGGCCGCGCGCGAUGGAGCAGUACUGCAUCCUGGGCCGCAUCGGGGAGGGCGCGCACGGCAUCGUCUUCAAGGCCAAGCACGUGGAGACUGGAGAGAUCGUUGCCCUCAAGAAGGUGGCCCUGCGGCGGCUGGAGGACGGCAUCCCCAACCAGGCCCUGCGGGAGAUCAAGGCCCUGCAGGAGAUCGAGGACAGUCAGUAUGUGGUGCAGCUGAAGGCCGUGUUCCCACAUGGCGCAGGCUUCGUGCUGGCCUUCGAGUUCAUGCUGUCUGAUCUGGCCGAGGUGGUGCGCCAUGCCCAGAGGCCACUGGCCCAGGCGCAGGUCAAGAGCUACCUACAGAUGCUGCUCAAGGGUGUCGCCUUCUGCCACGCCAACAACAUUGUGCAUCGAGUCAGUUCCAGCAGUGGCCGGGACCUGAAACCAGCCAACCUGCUCAUCAGUGCCUCAGGCCAGCUAAAGAUAGCAGACUUUGGUCUGGCCCGGGUCUUUUCCCCAGACAGCAGCCGCCUCUACACACACCAGGUGGCCACCAGGUGGUACCGAGCCCCCGAGCUCCUGUAUGGUGCCCGCCAGUAUGACGAGGGUGUGGAUCUGUGGGCUGUGGGCUGCAUCCUGGGGGAGCUGUUGAACGGGUCCCCCCUUUUCCCAGGGGAGAAUGACAUUGAACAGCUUUGCUGUGUGCUUCGCAUCUUGGGCACCCCCAGCCCUCAAGUCUGGCCGGAGAUCACGGAGCUGCCCGACUACAACAAGAUCUCCUUCAAGGAGCAGGCGCCUGUGCCCCUGGAGGAGGUGCUGCCCGACGCCUCUCCUCAGGCCCUGGACCUGCUGGGGCAAUUCCUUCUAUACCCUCCAUGCCGGCGCAUCUCGGCCUCCCAGGUCUGGAAUGAGGUUUCAAAGACCAAGGAGCUGUGGAGGCAGCUGUGUAUGAGACGCUGGUCAUCAUGUAGAGCCCCCCAGAUGACCCUGGGCACACAGACGUGGAAACAGUACUAUCUCUGCCGAUCUGAGCUGGAGUUCCGAAUGGAAUCUGGACGGCCAGAGAAGGACUUCACCUGCAAAGCCCUUGCUGGGCACAAAGGACAGAUAGAUGAGCUGGCCUACAUCUCAACCAACGAGUGCCGGUUUGACGGGCAGGAGGAGUCCGUGGUGUGCACUGUGUCCUCGGACGGCACCGUGCGUGCCUGGGAUCUGCACGAGGGCACAGAGAUCUGGUCGAGCCCUCUACAGCCGGCUGCUCUGGUGAACUUGGUGACCUACCCUCGGCUGAAGCUGGUUGUCACCGUGGAUGCGCGGGGACGGAUCAAAGUGUGGAGAGUGGAGAACGGGCAGGAGGGGGCUGCCUUCAGCCUGCCUGCACCCUCAUCUGCCUUGGAGGCCUGUGACCACCCAGAGGGCCCCUCCCUGCUGGCGGCCUGUGCCGAUGGGGCACUCUACGCGCUGGCGGUGCCCCGGCUGGAGCUGCUCUCCAGAGUGAGCGUGUUCCCCAGCAGCCCCACCAGUCUCCUCCGCUCGCCCGGCUGCCAGUGGGUGUUCGCGUCGAGCCAGAACUCAGACCUGGGCCCCAAGGUGUUCCACACUCGCUCCUUGCUAUGUCCGUCGGACGACGAGCCUCCCGUCUCCACCACUCUCCCUGUCUGGCUGACUGCCAGAGCCUGCUGGGCCCCCGGCGAGGCCGCCCGGCUGAUGGUGAUGCACAGAAACGACGGUGGCGUGCAGCUGGGGAUCACCACCUACGAGCUAGGGGUCAAGAAGUCCAGGGAUGGAGUGGACAUCCUGGUACAGCAGGUGGCAAGUUUCCUCCUGCCGGACACCAUGGUGCCCCCUCACCUCAUGAAGGGCCACGGCUCACAGGUCAUCCUGCUGGUGUCGGGGUCAGAGCUGGUGCUCUUCACCAUACAUGGCCUGCAGCUGGCAGCCUUUCAGGACCACCAGCGGCCCAUCACGUCCGUGUGGGUGGGCCAGAGCCGAGUUGUCACCUCUUCCUUCGACCUCUCCUUGCGGGUCUACGUGUGGAGUAAGGAAGAUAAAUUCCCUGUCCUCAAGAGCUGCUAUCACUUGCUUGGGGGGUCCCACAGAUGGGCCAGAUGCUGUGCAUCGUCCACCCUCUCCUCUAAGGACAAAACCACCGCUCAGCUGGCCUCAGCCACGUUUCCCAGAUGAAACAGCUCAGAGACGUGGAUGUUUUGCCCGAAGUCCCACAGGGACGCAUGGUGAAGCCCGGGUUGGGUCCCUGAUGUGACCCUGCAGCCCGGCUCCCACCCUCCCUCCGGAACCCGCACAAUCCCGCAUCCAUUUACCAAACCAAGGGGGUGAUGGGAGCCGGAGGGGCGGGACUGUGAAAGUCCGAGAGAGUGUGAUUUUGCACUUUGUGUCUUAAUAUUAGUAUUUUGGAGUCACUUCUGUUUUUUCUUGCCAGAGUAAGUUCUACGAAGAGGAAGGGCUUGCACAGGUUUUGUAUUCCUGCUGGGUUACUCAUGGUGAGAUGAGACCUCAGCAGUUACUUGUCGUGAGCCGUGGGGUACAUUCAGCCUCCAGUGACAAGCAUCUUAGAUCUUAAAUGAAAAACUACAGUGCCCCAAACCAAAUAUUUUAGAAAUUAGGGAUUUCUGUAACAAACCUAUCUAGCUUCUGAAUUUUCAAUCAGUAGUCAUUUGAAGAUAAUUAUUAAAGCACACUCCUAAUUAACACAAGAAAA